AUGGAUAGCAAUGUUUCAGAGCUAGUCGAGAGACUAGGGAGUGAAGAGGAUGCAGUGCGCAAGAUGGCUGUAUUCAAACUCCAGAGCAGCAUUGGAGACCCUUCGUUUGCAGACGUAUUCAUCGCAGAAGAUGGGCUGACAAGGCUCCGUUACUUGACUCUGCAUGCGACUGGGAAUACUUUGGCAUAUAGCUUAACGAGUUUUGCCAGACUGUUAGAGGUUGAUAAGGGAUGGGAAUGCGUUGAUCACGAGUUGGUUGAAAGGGUUGUUGAACUCAUCGUAACGCACCCCUUAGUGAACAUUUUGCGAGGCGCAAUGUCUAUACUCGUCUCCAUCGUUUCGCAUCCUUCCUCUGUCGGUCGCUUGUCGCAAAAUGCUGUAUGGGGAUUCCGCGCGCUGAAGCCUGCAAUUGCGAUCUAUCCCCAGUUCCUAGAAAUGCUUGUCAACAGGCUUUCUUCAGCCGAUCACGCGCUUUGUGCAAAUGCUUUGCAAUUGAUCAACUCAUUGAUGCGCGAUUCCAUAACGAAUGACUCGGAUCAUGAAUGGCCGAAAUUCAUCCAAAAACUGCAGGAUCUCGGAGUUAUCAAGGCCGUCUAUUCCUUGAUGCAAGGCACGGCGUUACAGGACCACGCGCACCCUUUAAUCGAAUUCCAAUCACUUACGAAGAUCCUCCUGCGCAAAUGGCGAGAUACUGCUUUGGACCUCGAAAAUCCAGAGCAUAGGAGAGCUCUUAAGGGCAUUCAUCUUGCUAGUAGUCAAGAGAAGGGGAAUGAAACCGGCGCCGAUAUGCGACGGUCGAAGAAACACAGCCCCGAAAAAUGGCGGCGGCUCGGAUUCGAAUCAGAGAGUCCAGUCGCACAAUUUGAAGAUAUGGGGUUUUUGGGCAUGAUGGACCUGGCGGACUACGUCCGAAAUCACCAAGACGAAUUUCAAAAGAUGCUUCUUGAACAGUCGACAAAGCCAGCCCGGCAGCGAUGUCCGAUUGCGCGCGCUUCGCUAUCCGUUACAUCUAUAUUAUACGAUCAUUUUGAGGUUGACAAAUGCGAGACUGAAGAUAGCAAAACCUACUUGAUACUUGAGUCUCGUUCUAACUUGGAUAAACUAUUCAAACCCCUACUGUUACACUGGACCCGGCUACAUGUGGCCGGAUUACAUAGCUUUUUUCGUUUGUGGAAGUCGACGAGUGCAGAACUGGAAGACUACGACAAAAUCGUGGAGCUGGUUCGUAUACUCAUCGAGUCAGUUGUUGGAGGUGCGGCCCGAACGAAAGACGUACAGGAUGUGGAGGAAGACUUGAUGGAGUUUGAAUACAGCCGACUUCGAGACCUACAAAUGGAAUUACUGGAACUUACUUACGAGGACGCUUGGGGGCAACAUCUACGACAGGUGCGCGAAGAGUUACAGCACGAGGCCGCCCAAUUCGUCAAGGAGCAAAGAAUCCGGUGCCUGUUACAAGGUGCUUGGUUCCCAAACGAGAAUAUAUCUGAGUUGGAAGGGGAAUCGGGUAGUCCCAAGUGGAGAUAUGUUCAACUUUCUCACAAUCGGAGGAUCCUCCAUUUUGGAGAUUUCGAGAGCAUGGAAAUGAACCGUCUGGAUCUCGACGUGCUUCCCGGAAAAAGUGAGGUACCCUUACAACCCGCUAUAUUCGAGCUUCUGGCUAACUAG